UCAUCCUUCAAUCCAAAGACAGCUUUUUGGAUGCGACAAAAGAAAUUGAUUGGACCUUGAAGUCUAUUAUUGGCAGUCAGUUCAUUGCUUCUUGCUGUUGUGAUGCUGGACGUGGUGAAGAUGAAGGAGGCCUGCAGGAUCUGCGCCCGCGUGCUCUGUGGCAACCAGCGCCGAUGGAUCUUCCACCCGGCGGCCAAGCUCAACCUGCAGGUGCUGCUGUCCCACGCUCUGGGCCACGAGCUGACCCGGGACGGUCGCGGGGAGUUCGCCUGCUCCAAGUGCGCCUUCAUGCUGGACCGCAUGUACCGCUUCGACACGGUCAUCGCCCGUGUGGAGGCGCUCUCCCUGGAGCGACUCCACAAGCUGCUGCUGGAGAAGGACCGGCUGAGGCAGUGUAUUGGAGGCCUGUACCGGAAGAACAACGCAGAGGAUGGGAGCGUGGAGACGCCUGGGCCCGUUGUGGUGGUCGUUGGGACGGAUGCGGGGUCCGAGGACUCUCCUGUGGUGGAUCUGUCAGCCCUGCAGGAUGGAAGAUACUCGGAUAUGAUCCAGGAUGAUCUGACUUACUCUGUGUAUGAAUCCUGGGCUGAUAAGGAGGACCCGGCCCUGGACCACCACACCCACCAACCCCACCACCAUCCCCAGUGCCCAGGAGCAGACUCUCUAACUGGCCAGAAGCCGAGGCGGUGCAGGGGAUGUGCAGUGCUCCGUGUUGCCGAUUCGGACUACGAGGCGGUGUGUAAGGUGCCUCGCAGGGUUGGGCGCAGGAGCACAUCCUGCGGACCAUCUACCCGCUACUCAACAGUCACUCCGGGACUCGCAGAGCCUGGCAGAACCUCCGAGGACUCUGAGGCUACAGCUGUUGCCUCUGAGUCCUCUUCAGCUGACUUGGACACAGAUAAGACCAUGUGUGACAGGACGAGUCCCAGCCCGGCAUCGUCCGUAGAAUCUCUGGACACCGCCGUGGACGUGAGUUGCCUUCCUGUGAACCACAAAGAAAGAGACGAAACCGGUCCAGAGGAGGCUCCAGCGAGAAGGGACGCACCUUGGGAGAAAGCCCCAAGUGAGAGCUCCCUCUCUGGGCUCGAGAUGAUGCUGAUCCUCCUGAGGGGAUGGGAGUACCGGCCAGUGAAGCCCCGAAGGGGCAGCAAGCUCCCAGUUCUGGUCAAAGCCAAACUGGAGCAGGGCCUGCCCCUGUCCAUCCCGCUGAGGUCGCCCUGUGGAGGGGCAGCAGACUGUGAGCUAUACUCGCUGUCCCACCAGCCCGUACCGGAGAUCAGGACCCCGUGUCCCCAGCAGGAGCUUCAGGCGGAGCUGGACGAGAUGGAGGAGCAGUGGCUGGAUGAAUAUGUUCAAUGCGGGCCGUUCCGCUUUCAGCAGAGGCUGAUUGAUGAGCAGCAGAGCGAGCUCAGUCAGUAUGAGAGCGAUGCAGGUCAGUGUGUCGGCGAGCUGCAGAAAGCCCAGGACCAGGUCUGCUCGCUCCAGGCCAAGAUCAGACAGAGCGAGACCAGGAACCAGAAGCUGCAGGAGCGUCUCGGUGAGAUGGAGUUGGAGCUGCGUUCGGCCCGAGAGGAAGCCCAGCGACAGGAGCGAAACAUCCAGAAUAUCACUGAUACGGCCAACUCCAAGGAGACAGAGGCUGCAGAGCUGUAUCGGGUGAUUGAGGAGCAGAAUAAGAUGUUGUGUUCCCUCAAAGAGCUCGCCAACCGCAACCAGCUGCAGCAGCUGCAGGUGUCGGGUGCAGACAGUAUCCGCGGUCAGGGCGAGGUCCUGGCUCUGCAGGCGUCUCUCUUCCAGGCUCAGCUGGAGCUGCAGGCCGGUCAGCGGGCGCAGCGGCAGGCGGGCAGGACCCAGGAGGACCUGAGCCGAGCCCUGCAGAGGCUGGAGACAGACCUGCAGGGGGCGCUGCAGCACAGGAGGGAGACGGAGAGGCACAACCAGGAUCUGCAGCUGGCUCUGGAGAAGGCCCGAUCGGCCAUGCAGGAGAGAGAGGAGCAGCGGAAGGAGGCCGAGCAAGAGAGAGAGAGGCGGGACGAGGAGAGAGAGAGGACCAUCAGAGAGCUGAGGACCUCCCUGCUGACCAAAGAGCAGCUGAUAGAGAACUACUGUGAGCUGUUGGAGGAUCCAAAGGAGAAGAGCGACUCUCUGCUUCAGAAACUCCGCCAGCGUAUCAAGGAGAGGGACCGUGCACUGGAGCGAGCGGUGGACGACAAGUUCCACAGCAUGGAGGAGAAAGAGGAGGAGACUCGGCUUCAGCUGCUGCUCAGAGAGAAGGAGAGAGACCUGGAGAGGCAGCGCUGCGUCCUGUCCAACAACGAGGAGACCAUCACUAGCCUGGAGGUGCUGCUGCGUGGUAAGGCUUUGGAGCUGGAGCAGGUGUGCGACGCCUGGAGGAACGUCCAGCGGCAUCAGCAGGAGAGCCAAGAGAGACAGAGCAGCGUCCUAAGAGAGAGAGACGGCAUCAUCAGCCAGCUGCAGGCGGCGCUGCACGGUCGCACGCAGGAGGCCCAGGACCUGCGCUGCUCCCUACUGGCCCAGAUCCAAUCAGCUCCCAGCGACGUUCUGGAGGAGCUGAAGGUCCGCCUCCAACUCAAAGACCGCCUCUUCCAGGAAGUGCUCGCCGACCGGACCCUCCAGGCCCAGGAGCACCAGGAGGAGGUCCAGGAUCUCCUCAGAACCAUCGGCUCCAGGGACCAGUACAUUCAGGACUCUGCAUGCCGGCUGGGUGAGGUAAUGACCGAGCAGACGGGAAGGCUCCAGGAGCUCCGCAGACAGCUGAGCUCUGGAGUUGGAUUUGAGUCCGACUGUGGAUCGGAAUCGGCUUUGGAGCUCCAGGUGGUGCAGGAGGAGUUGCGUCUGGCUCUGAGGAGGGAGAAGGAGAGCCAGGAGGUGAGCAGGAGUCAGGCCAGCAGGCUGGACUCCCUCACCAAGACGCUGUAUGUGAAGGAGGAGAUCAUCAGGGACUUCCUGCGGCAGAUGGUGGAGCCCUCCGGUCUCCCGCUGGUAGAGCGGUUGACACAGGAGGUCCAGGAGCUGAGGGAGGGCCUGGUCCAGCGGGGGCCCCCAGCCAGAGGCCCCAUCCUGGGCCGAGACCGGCCCAACGGCAGGCAGCCCGAGUUUGGAGAGCUGAGCUCAGAGGACGAAGACGAGGCUGAUGAUGAUUUCAACAGCGAGUGCACCGAGAGCGUUGAUGAAGAGGAGUUCAUGCUGAGGGUCCAGUCCGUGGCCAACACCAAGGGUUCUGGAGGUACAGGGAAGCCUCCGUCCCAGGACCUGUUGUUUGAAGGUCAGGGAUUGACGGAGGUCAAACAGCUGGUGGAGCAGAAGAGGGCGGUGGAGAGAGAGCUGGGAGAGCUGAAGGCCCAACUGGAGAAGGCCGGCUUCUCCUCACUUUCACAGAUGAGGAAAGCUCUAUUCAGCCUGCAGGCAGAGAAUGGAGAUUUGAGGCAUCAGCUGAGUGAAGGCCCGCAGACCGACAGUAAACAGAGUUAUGAGCAGAAGGUGUUGGACUGCGAAGAAGACGAGGAGGAGGAAGAGUUGGAUGUGACCAUAGAAGGGGUGGAGGAGGAUGAAGAGGAGGAGGAAAGCUCCGGGAAGUGGGACGCUUGGGAUGGCGAGCUGUCUCUGUCGCAGACCAACAUCCAGACCGCUGAUGAGCAGAGAGCCAACAGACCGGAGUCCCUGCACCUGCUCGCCAACUCCUCACAGGAUGUUUUGGACAGCGAGCUGCCAGCAGGUCAGCCGCAGGGCGCCGCGUCCUCUGUGACGCGUGAGAAGACGGUCCGUCUGCAGCAGAAGAGCAAAGAGCUGCAGGAGAGGCUGAUGGUGUCCGAGGCCACGGUGCAGGCUCAGGCCGAGCAGCUCAAAGACUACAGAGACUUGCUCACUGAGACAGCGGUGCAGCAGGACAGUAAGCAGAUCCAGGUGGACCUGCAGGACAUGGGUUACGAGACCUGCGGCCGCAGUGAGAACGAGGCUGAGAGGGAAGACACCAGCAGCCCUGAGUUUGAUGACCUGGAGAUGUGCACGUCUCUGGACUGCGGCUCCCAGUGGUGGCCUGCCGGCAGCACCAGCACCUCCACCUCCACCUUCACUAAAACCAACACCCAGGGCUCCGGCGAAGGAGACGAGAUGUCAUCUCUCCAGCGCCUCGUCGAGGACCUCCGCUCCCAGCUGUCCCGUUCUCAGGCAGUGAUCCGCGGGCUCCAGAGCCGGCUCCGGUCCCUCUCCACCUCCAGCGACUGCGGGCCCUCCACACCUCGCAAGGUCAACUGGUCCUUCCAGGCCUCGCCCUCCCAGAGCGGGGCAGAGGAGGAUGAGGGCUGGCAGUCAUCCGACGGAGGCCCCCUGGCUUCGCCCCGCCACCCCCAAUCAGACAAGGGCCUGCAGCACCUGGUGUCCCGCGUGGAUGCACUGGAGGACCAGCUGAGGAAAGGAGGCAAGAAGUCUGUCAGCGAGGACUUAAAGUCUGCCACCUGGCCGGGUAAAUUCGACACUCUGAUCCAGGCUCAGGCCAGAGAGCUGUCUCACCUCCGCCAGCGGAUGAGGGAGGGUCGGGGCGUGUGCAACAUCCUCACCCAGCACCUGGGAGACACCACCAAGGCCUUCGAGGAGCUGCUGAGGGCCAACGACAUCGACUACUACAUGGGCCAGAGCUUCAGGGACCAGCUGGCUCAGAGCGGCGCCCUGUCGCAGCGAGUCAGCGCAAAGAUCAGCGGACGAGAUCAUCCUGAAGAUCCAGAUGAGAAGACAGAGCUGCUCGCCAUCCGGCUAAGUAAGGAGCUGCAGCAGAAAGACAAGGUCAUCGAGUCCCUCCGCACCAAACUAAACCAGCAUCACCACCACCAUCACCCUCAGCGCUCUGACACGCCCUGCAGCAGCCACGCCCUCUCCGACACCACCGACCAAUCGGAUCGUAUCUCCUACGUGUCAGACGAGCACGGUUCCACCAACGAGGACCUGGAUCCUUGUUCCGACGUGGACGCCGCCAGCGAGCUCGGUCAAAAGGACACACGGACUUGCACCAGAGUCGGCACAGAUUGCCACUCCCACAGUAGCACCGGGUCCCAUAAUGCGUCUGUCCCAUCAUCCAUCACCUCAUCCCAUAGAACCCAGUCCUGCCUCAGCUGCCCCAGCAUGCAUUGCUCCAGCUCGCCGCACAAGCCCGCAGACAUGCAGAGUCAGACAGGGUUUUCCACUCCCCAGUCCAAACCUCUUCAGGGUUUCCCAUUUGCCCACCAGCAGCCCGACUCCUCUGCCUUUCUGCCUCUCUCCUACCAUGGAUACCAGCCUUCUCCUUUCAGCAGCAGCCUGGAUGCCAGCUCCGCAAUGAAACCUGGGGCCAGUCUGUUGGAGAGCACUGCAUUGUGGGAUAUGAGCUAUGGUACCCGACCGGUGAGACUUGGAGCUGACCUGUCCUCGGGAUCCUCGGGGUACCAGUCAGGCGCCAGUAACACAGGUUCAGACUUGAUGAAGGAGCACCUGAGGGAGAUCAGGAGUCUGAGACAGAGACUGGAGGACUCCAUCCAGACAAAUGAUCGCCUCCGGCAGCAGCUGGAGGACAGACUGGCUCACACCGCCAAUGAGAAAGGUGCUCCUACCAACAUCUACAUCCAGGGUCUGGACUCGGUCGGCCAGCUGUCCACUGAGAUCAGACUUCUGAAGGAGGAGAACGUCAGUCUGCAGAACCAGCUUAAACAGGCCACCAGAGAGGGCAGCAAGGAUGCGGAGCAGCUCAGGGAGGCGGGGCUAGAGGCGGAGAGGUGGGCGGAGCAAAGCAGGAAGCUGCAAACUGAGGCUGAAGCUCGCGGUCAAGAGAUUACGCAACUGAAGCAGGACAAACAGAAGAACCAGGAAGCCAUCAACAGACUCCAGCAUGAGGUUAGCGUCCUCCAACAGCAGCUCUGUGAGAGCCGCAGUCUGGUCCACUCUCUUCAGUGUGAGCUGCAGGUGUACCACAGAGUGUGUGGAGUCAACACAAACACACACACAGGUCAGGCCAGUGACGGUGCCAAACUUGGACACAGCACUGGGACUUUUGACCCCAGAGAGCUGCACGUGCAGCUGGAGCAGCAGCUGAGCGGACAGGCUGACACGCAGCCUCAAUCCAGGAGACAGCUCUUCAGCGAAAACGUACCCUCUCCCCCUGUGAGAGACACUGGACUCAUCAGUCCUUCCUCUCCUCUACAUCCUGCAAAGAAACAUGCAGAGAAAACUGGAGCAGCCGACCAAGCCUCGACACUGCAGGGCAAAGCCCCCGACGGCUCAUUUGCCAACCGUCAUGGCCGCCAUGCAGUGGGCCAUGUUGAUGACUUCAAGGCUCUGCAGCAGCAGAUCCUGGAGGGCAGUGCUCUCCUCCGCAAGAUGGAAACUGGAUUUUAUUCCCUAAGCAACCCACAGGAGUUCAGCCUUCAUCAGCCCUCAGACUCAGGUUCUGUCAGCAAGCUGCUGUCUGACACUAAAACCCUGCGACAGAUCCUGGAGGAGGCCGGCGCUCUGCUGCGGAUGUUCUGGAGAGCAGCUCUUCCAAACAACGAGGACACCAAGCAGGAUCAGUCUCUGAGGGAGGAGGUCGUCUCGCUCCAUCUCAAGCUCUCAGAGCAUGAGCAGGCUCUAAAGGACGCCAUGGAGAGAGUGAAGAGCUCCAACCGCACCAAAGAUAGCAUGGAGCACUUUAUAGUCAACCAACUGUCGCGAACACGGGACGUUUUGACGAAAGCAAAGACAAACUUGCAGGAGAACGAGCUCAGGAUUUCCUCGCUUCACCGCGCCUCUUUCUCCCCCUCCACCUCCCCCCCUUUCCUCCCCUCCUCCUCUUCCUCACACCCCUGGCCUGGUAAAGGUAAAAACCCAGGAGGCUUCUGUGAGCUCCUCUUCUCUCCUGGUUGGGGUGUCAUGAAGCCACGGACUUCCUCCUCCUCUUCUGCUGUCCCAGUACCGGCUCUACACCAGCGCCCCCUGCAGUCGGCCUUCCUGUAGUGCACCAGCCCCAAGCUGCUACUUGUUGUCAUCUCAUUGUUCAAACAGAAAAUGCUGUAAAUCCCGGCUCUCCUAUCAGCUGGAGAAUCAUUUCAGUUGAGUGACGUCUGUCUGAGUGUGUUGAUAGACUUUUGCUGGUUGUUGAAAGUUUAUGAUUGAAUGAAUUAUGCAAUUGUUUUUAUUUUUGGUAUAAUGUUUGGAGGGACUUGUUCUGUUGUCUUUUGUUGAGGUCAUCAACUGAAGUGUUUCCUCUUAUUUAUACGAGACCAGUCUAAGUUUGGCUGGGGUUGGUUUAUGAGUCAUAGUUUCUGAUAAAGCCUUUUUAUAUUUCAACAGAUAAAAUCUCAAAACAAAUAUGAAAACCAUAUUUAAAACAGCGUUGUGCUCUCAGAGACAGUUUAGUCCAGGUUUGGAAAGUCUACAUUAACAGCUUUUAAUGUAGGACUGGUCUUAUGCAGUCUAAGUACAUGAAUAACAGCGACUAUUUCAAUUUUUUUUCCAAAAUUCGUAUAUUUAAUAUCUCAUCUCUGUUAGACAAUCAGAAAAACAACUUAAGAGGAAAUUAUCUUGUUUAACUCAUAAAUCAGAAGCUCCGAAUCAGAAGCCAACUUCAGGCCUGUACUUCAGCAGGGAUUCGAGAAAAGUAUAUCCACAUGAUGCCAGCAGGAAAGGGGCUUUGAAAAAGCCAAAACCAAACUGCAAAGUGCUUCCUCUCAGCCUCUGUGGAGGCUUGUGUAUGUAGUUAGUGUGUAGAACAGUUGCAUGUGGUUUGAGCCUCAAGUGGAAACAAAGCCAUACUGUAUUUUGUUUUGUCCUUAUUGUCAUAAAAAUGGCCGGCUACUGAUAACAUAUGGAAAAUACCGUAGAACUACCAGUAGACAGUUUGGUCAAAUAGCUGGUAGAUGAUGUUCUCUUGCAUUUACUCACAAAAAAAUCUAACACCAAUUAAGGAUGUUUUGCUCUUCUAACUCCAGAGUACUACUGUUAAAUAUGGAGUUAGUUCUCUUCAGAUAUUUAAUAACUAAUAUGGGUCCAACCCAGUUUCUCCUGCUGAAACACUGACCUGCAGUGUUGGAAGGCCUUCUGAUGAGCCUGCUGUAAUGUGCAAUGGUGGUGUUAAAAACAAGCACGUGUUACAGACUGUCAUCGAGCUGCUCAGCGGUUUGUGUGAUGCCUUCAGUAACCUAUCGGAUAAAAUAAAUUUAUUUUAUAGUGCACGGUCCAAGAGCGAUGACAUUUCAUUUUUGUAACCAGGAAAAUGGACCACACAUUUAUAUCUUUUUUUUUUUAAUGAUAUUUCUGUCCUUUUGGGUUUUUUUUGAUUACAUUUGUUAAUGUCCUCCUUUUUGAAUUAUGUUUGAAUGUCCCUCAAGAUGACAAUCCGUUUUUAAAAAAAGACAAUCGCCAGGGAGAAAUAUCUGUAUGUAAGGAUGACUUCUUCCAAACUUCUGCAUUAUUGGUGACGCUCACUGUGCAAAUUAACUUUUCUGGAAUUGGGUGUUUUACACUGGCCUCUCCAAAUUCAUUUCUUCUUUUCUUGUUUGAGUUUUCCUUGAUUUCUCUGUAUGGUAGCUUAGCUGUUUAUUUUUGUGCAUGGACUGUCUCUUCACUGCCCUCUUUUACUGAUAUAUGCAAUUUUUGGGUUACUGUGCAAUAAUAAGCUUUGUGGUUGCUUUUUGUUGAUGUUUUAGGCCUGGGUUUUAAAGUGCCAUGUCAUCUAUUUUAGCUCUGAGGCUGGAUUGAUUAAAGCAAACGUGCUUUUGUUUUGUGACAAUCAAUUUAAAGCAGUUUCUAGGCCCCCUUAUCUUUGGCUUUACAUUAAUCUGAAUUUUAUAUACAAUGUGGAAAAAAGGCAAAGUGACAGGAAAAGUUAUGAUAUAAGUAAUGAUAUAUUUAUAAAGCAAUAAGAUCAACCAAAGUGAACAACUUUUAUGUUGUCAAAUCAGGUGUAAUAUAAUCAAGUUUAAAGUUUUUUUUGUAUAAUUGCCCCUAGGUCAAAGGUCAAACUUAGUGUCUUUCUCAGUGUCGGUGUGGUUUUAGAUGCCGCAUCUCAUGUAUGUACAUAUUAAAGGGAGUGUGUACCUCAAUGCAAGUUGUUUUGUUGCUGUUUGACAAAGACCAGCUGUAUUUUUAUGCAUGUUCGCUUUGUUAAAAACGUUUGGGGUAAA